UCCUAGUGGUACAUGAACACAGCAUCUUUGUGUUUACUGCAUGUAGAGGUACAGUACACAACGUCGGCAACCAGACUAGCGUCAAGUCUAAAAAUGCCCGUAGAUUUGAGCCAAUGGACCGGGCCUCUUGCACUGCCGGAGGUCGAGGAGAAGCCUGCACAGCCUCUGACUGUUGAAUACGAGUCUGUGGAAAUCGACGAACUUGGCAAAGUGCUCACACCAACACAGGUGCAGAAUCGACCCACUUGCUUGGAGUGGGAAGGAUGUGACUCCAGUAAAUUGUACACUCUGGCACUCACCGACCCUGACGCUCCCAGCAGGAAAAACCCAAAAUUCAGGGAGUGGCACCACUUUCUGGUUGUCAAUAUGAAAGGGAAUGAUGUGUCCUCUGGCUGCGUCUUAUCGGACUACGUGGGCUCUGGUCCUCCCAAGGGCACAGGUCUCCACAGGUAUGUGUGGCUGGUGUAUGAGCAGCCAGGCAGCCUGUCCUGCACCGAGCCCGUCCUUACAAACCGGUCUGGAGACUGCCGCGGCACAUUCAAGAUCCAGAGUUUCAGGCAGAAAUACAACCUGGGAGCCCCGGUGGCGGGAACCUGCUACCAGGCCGAGUGGGACGACUACGUCCCCAAACUGUACGAGCAGCUGGCCGGAAAAUAAAUGAAAGACCUAAUUUGAGUGUUCAGCACUAGGAAUUCCCACAGAGGCUGGUGCAAGAAACAAAAACCCCAACAAAAACAAAGCAUUUUUUUUGUCAGUGUUUCACUGAAGUUUUUCUUUUCAUAGUUCCUUUAAUUGAAAUGGAAUAGUAUUCCCUUCCACUAUGUUGCCUACCUGUGACAAAAAAUAACUGCUCCUCUCAAUGAUGUCAUCUGCAGUAAAUCUGGUUAACACUGAAAUAGUUGCAUUAUCCAUUGAAAUCAAGGCUUAAACUACUUUAUCUAAGUCCUGGUUAAUCGGACAUAUAUAACAACACAUCCUCAGUUUGUGUGAUGAGCACUUUAUUUACAAAUAUAAUUAAAAGCUCUGACAGAUUCAUGCUUUCUUUUAACCUGGAAAAAAAUUAAAGUGCAUGCAAUAAUAAAGCAUCAUACUGGUCUGGUUUAUAAGAAAAUACACAGCUUAGAAGUUGUGUAAAGCAAAAAAAA